GCCUACUGGCGACACAAAUAUGGGGAUUGGCGACAUGCAACCACAAGUAGCUUGAGGUGUAAACGGGACGGUAUUUAGUCAUUAAAUAGUUGGGCAAACGGCCAGAGAAUAUGGUUUAUCCGUUUGUUUUGUUCUCGUUGGGCUUGGGGAGUCUGGUUGGUGUGUUUGGUGUUGAGAUGGAGGAUGGAAUAAAGUCAGUCUCAGUGAUGAAGGGAGAUCCUGUCACUCUAAACCCCGAUUUUACUGAAAAACAGAAAUAUCUGUUAAUACAGUGGAAGUUCAGAAGCACUCGAAUAGCUGAAGUCAACAGACUCGCACAGACAAACUCGACGUAUGAUGGUCCUGAUGAGAGAUUCAGAGGCAGACUGAAACUGGAUCAGAACGGAUCUCUGACCAUCACAAACACCAGCACCACAGACUCUGGACUCUAUCAGCUAACGGUUGUCAAAAAAGAGACCAUUUACAUCAGUUUCAAUGUUACAGUCUAUGACUUGACAGAAGAAGAGAACUCGAUAUUAGUGAUCGAGGGAGACUCUGUCACUCUAAACCCGGAGGUUACUAAAGCACAGAGAUAUUUGUUGAUACAGUGGAUGUAUAGAAGCACUCGGAUAGCUGAAGUCAACAGACUCUCAAAAACCAGCCAUACCUACGACGCUGACGGGAGAUUCAGAGGAAGACUGAAACUGGAUCAGACCGGAUCUCUGACCAUCACAAACACCAGCACCGCAGACUCUGGACUCUAUAAGCUAGCGAUCGUCAACAAAGAAACCAGUUACAUGGAUUAUAAAGUUAUUGUCUACAGAAGGUCAACGAACACAAACUACGUGACGUCCAGCGGUGCGGUGAUCAAUUCAACCCUAAACCAGACCGAGAAUGCUAAUAUUACUGAAACCUCUAAGAGGAGCUCAGAGCACUGCUGCGGCUCUACUGAAGCCGUGAUCCGAUUGCUCCUCUCUGUUCUGGUGGCUGUGGCUGCUGUUGCUCUGCUGGUUUAUGACAUCAGAUCUACAAGAAGUGAGCUGAACAUGACAGAAGAGACCGAAGAUCUCUAUGAGACCUGUGGAGGAAAAUCAGACCACAAGUGUGAACUGAGAAGAGGGUUUGGUUCGCAAUAUGUCCAGAUGUGAAGCAAAACACGCAUUAAUGCUCUGCACCUUUACUGUUCCUUACACGGCUGUUUAAUCACUUCAUUUUUGCACUAGUUGACCGUUUAUUGAUUGUAUCUGCAUAGGAUAUGACUUUGACCAAUCUAUUAAAUACACGGCUGUAAAUAUAAUUACUAUAACAGAAUAAAUGAACACAACACAACUGAUGGCAUAGAAUAAUUCUUUUUUGAAGAUGUGGUGGGGCUCAACUGAUCUGUACAUAAAACAUUUAACCUACUCAUAAACACUGUUUGGCUUUAUAAAGAUGAUUUGGACUUUAUCAAGCAGAUAUAAAUCCUUCUGCCUGUCAAAAGGUGCAGAUGUAAGCAGAUGCUUAUUUUAUCUUAUCAAUCUUCAGUCAGACUUCAUCUGACCAUCACAAAUGCACCAAAGCUUAACAGCAUAGUCCAGUGACAGUAACAACAGUGAGACAGUGUUUGACUUCAGACAACAUGAAGAAUAAGAGAAAAAGAAUCAGUAAUUGAUCAGUUGUGUAAGCUGCUGUUAGUCGGUUAGUGGCUCAUCACACAAGGCUUCGUUCCAGUAAACGGACUCAUUUCUCCGUUUCAUAAAAGCAGAAGCCUGUUGUUGAAGAAUGAUGUUGGAGAUGUAACAGACAGUUUCUUCCUGCUGAUUCACUCCAUUAAGAACAAUUUCUGCAACGGCAGUGUCACAGUCAAUGAAUCAUUCACGCAGUUUCCUGUGGAAUCUGGAAGAAACAGAGACAAUCACAGAAAUUAAAGUGACAAGAAAAUGAAUGAUAAAAUAUGGAUGUUCUAGAAAAGUAUUUUGACAAUAUGAACUGCUACAUAUUUUUCUCCCCUUGAAAGCCUUGAAAAAUAAUAGAGAAGGAUACUGAGACUUUAUUCAUCUUACUGUUAACUUCAGAAGAUGUGGUACAUGGAGCGGGAGAUGAUCAGAGAACAAGGGUUUUUAUCAUUGACCAAAAAAAAAAGAAAUAAAAAUACUAAUCUGAUUCUCAUAAUAAUACAAUUUGUUCCUGAAUUGGUUUUAACGAUGCAACGGUUUUCAGCUCCAAAUGUCCACAGUAUCUCAUCAUCUGUAUGUGCUUUAGUGUGUCUGGAGAGUGACUAAAAAUAAAAGGGGAAAAAGUGA